AUGAAGAGGCAGAACGUGCGGACCCUCGCCCUCAUCAUCUGCACCUUCACCUACCUGAUCGUGGGCGCCGCGAUCUUCGACGCGCUGGAGUCCCAGAAGGAGACGAGCCAGCGGCGGAAGCUGGACCUGAGGAAAGCGGCGCUGCUCCGGACCUUCAACUUGUCCUCGGUGGAAUUCGACGAGCUGGAGAAGGUGGUGCUGCAGCUGAAGCCGCACAAAGCCGGCGUGCAGUGGAAAUUCGCCGGCUCCUUUUACUUCGCCAUCACUGUCAUCACCACCAUAGGAUACGGCCAUGCAGCCCCCAGCACAGAUGGAGGGAAGGUGUUCUGCAUGCUCUACGCCCUCCUGGGCAUCCCGCUCACCUUGGUCAUGUUCCAGAGCGUGGGUGAGCGGAUCAACACCUUCGUCAGGUACCUGCUCCACCGCCUGAAGAAGUGCGUGGGCCUGAGGCACACGGAGGUCUCCAUGGUCAACAUGGUGAUCAUCGGUUUCAUAUCUUGCAUGAGCACAUUGUGCGUCGGGGCACUGGCCUUCUCCCACUUCGAGGGCUGGAGCUUCUUUCAUGCCUUCUACUACUGCUUCAUCACGCUCACCACCAUCGGCUUCGGGGACUAUGUGGCGCUGCAGAACGAGCAAGCUCUGCAGACCAAGCCCGAGUACGUGGCCUUCAGCUUCAUCUACAUCCUGACUGGUCUGGCUGUGAUCGGAGCCUUCCUCAACCUGGCAGUGCUGCGCUUCAUGACGAUGAACGCCGAGGACGAGAAGCGGGACGCAGAGCAGAGGGCGCUCCUCGCUCACAACGGGCAGGCGGGCGGACAUAUCCACUGCUCUGCCGACCCGGCCUCCUCCUCCUCCACACCCUCUGGAUGCGGUGGAGGGAGCGGGGCGGGGGGCAACGGACCAGCGAGCCGAGGCCUGCGCAACGUGUACGCUGAGGUGCUCCACUUCCAGUCCAUGUGCUCCUGCCUGUGGUACAAGAGCAGGGAAAAACUGCAAUACUCCAUACCCAUGAUCAUCUCACGGGACCUCUCCACCUCGGACACCUACAUGGAGCAGGGAGAGGCCUUUUCCAACCCCCUCCACUCGAAUGGAUGCGUGUGCAGCCUGCAGCGUCACUCGGGCAUCAGCUCCGUUUCCACUGGUCUGCACAGCAUCAAUACCUACAGAAGACUCAAUAAACGUAGAAGCUCCAUCUAAGCCGAGAGGAGUUUCAUGCUCUAAGGUCAAGUCCAACUCGAGUCUACCAUGUGGAGAGGGAGGGGGGGGGGGGGCCCUCCUGCCGUGGCACUAGAUUAGCUGUGGACAUCAGGGC